GCACCGCAAGGCAAGGCGAAGAGAGAACGCGUCGUUGUUGGCCUCUCCGGAAAACUCCGUUAAGGGAAUACUACUUAAUCUAAAGCCGAAGAGCAACGAUAAUAUGUCGGACGUCUGAACGAAAGAAAGAGGAAAUCGUUCAAAAAGCGGUUCAUAUUGACAUCAGUGCUUGCUGACUUCAUGAUCAGAUAAGGAACUCAUUGGCGACUGCCACCGUAUAUUUAUGCUCGUUACCGAAGAGCAGAGGAACACAUAGCUUGUUGUAAAAGAAACGCUUCUUUCAUACAGCACUCAAAAGCCUGUGCGAUUACACCUGGAACAUUUUUCAAAAGAGACGUUAACGGAAGUUGUUGAAUAGCAUAUCUGUCUUGUGUGCGCUCCGGAGACGAGGAAGACUUUUGACAAAAAAGUUCGUUCAAAGAGUGAAUACAACCACACGCUGGUGCGACUACAGCGUCAAGGCACAGGCGCAAGCGUCUGAACAACUUCUUUUUUUUAAACAAACUGUUAGAAAAAAUGGAUUAUAUAUAGCUCGAUUUUCACUAUUGACUGGCUUUUAAACUAAUACGCCUCUCGAAACUUGAUUGUGCGGUUCCGAUAACUUUGUGAUGUUGUAUUCGUUCGCAUUGAUGCAGCAAAUGCCUCUUUUCGCAUUUUAAAUAUUUGAAUUUGGAUAACAUUUAGUGAAGGCGCACCACCGCGUGCAGAAUCGAAAGUAUACCAUAUUUGCAUAGGCAAGUAGACAACAGCAAAAACCGCUGCGAAGAAGAAGAGGUCGGGUUUUGCGGUUUUUUUUUCUCCGUACUUUAUCUUGCUGGUAGAGAAAAAAGAAAACGAAAAAGAAAGAGACAGGUCGAUGUUUCUGAGGCUGGUACACUCUGAACUGUGAGUGCGGCGCGCGGGCUUCGCGAGAGCAUCGUUCUUAUCUCUGCCGUCUUUUUUGACUCCGUGCGCGCAGGCUGCGUGCGCCGAGGACCGCGGAACUGUAGCUACUUUCAGCAGUGCUGCGCGCCCCGGGCUGCGGAAGAAGCGCUGGACUUCUCAUCGCACUUACAGAAACGACAAGAAAAACGAAUUAAAUAAUAAAGACAGAGACUUGGGGGAAUAGCGAACUGUUCUCUUCACAAGUUGGAAGGAACAAUAAAAUCAGUUUGAUCAGCGCUGAUCCGGCUGUUGUGAUGCAUAUUCCCGUAGACCCGACCACGACCCGACGGUUUACGCCGCCCUCUACGUCGUUCCCCUGCAACAAGAUUGGAGACGGGACGGGGCCCAUGGACCCUGGACCGGUGAGGACGCGACCUGAACCCAGGUCUGUGGUGGACGUCCUGGCCGACCACGCCGGCGAACUGGUUCGGACAGACAGUCCCAACUUCCUCUGCUCCGUCCUUCCCUCGCAUUGGAGAUGCAACAAAACGCUUCCCGUGGCUUUUAAGGUGGUCGCUCUGGGGGACGUUCCCGACGGGACGCUGGUGACGGUGAUGGCGGGCAACGACGAGAACUACUCGGCCGAGCUGCGGAACGCGUCCGCGGUGAUGAAAAAUCAAGUCGCCCGGUUCAACGACCUGAGGUUCGUGGGCAGAAGUGGAAGAGGAAAGAGCUUCACUCUGACCAUCACGGUGUUCACCAGCCCCACCCAGGUGGCCACCUAUCACCGCGCCAUCAAAGUGACGGUGGACGGACCCCGGGAGCCCAGACCGCUGUGGCCUGAGCAAAUCGAGCCGUCCAGUUUAAAAACAUGCAAGGUGGAGGAUGACUUGAGAUGGCCAGGCACCUCAGACCUGUUCCCCCAGCGCUCCUCGUUCCCCUCGCUGUCCCCGCUGACAGACCCGCGGUUCUCCGACCCGCGCAUGCACUACCCCGGGGCCUUCACCUACAGCGCCAGCCCGUCCGGGGCCGGCAUCGGGGGCAUCAGCAUGUCCGCCUCGUCCCGCUACCACACCUACCUGCCCCCGCCCUACCCCGGCAACCAGAACCAGGGCGGCCACGCCCACUUCCAGGCCAACUCCUCGCCCUACCACCUGUACUACGGCGCGGGGUCCGGCUCCUACCCCUUCUCCAUGGUGACGGCCGGGGGCGGGGGCGGCGGGGAGCGGUCCCCCACGCGCAUGCUGGCCUCCUGCCCGGGGGCCGGGGGCGCGGGGGCCCUGAUGAACCCCAACCUGAGCAGCCAGAGCGAGGGGGUGGAGGCCGACGGCAGCCACAGUAACUCCCCCACCUCCAUGACCACGAGCGGCCGGAUGGACGAGGCCGUGUGGAGGCCAUACUGAGGCUCCCGACGCCCGUUCCCAUAACAACCCCUUUCUUCAUGAUUUUAACCUCCCGCCCCCUCUUUCUCCACCACCCCCCUUUCCUCACAGCAAGAGAGAAGAGUAAAGAACCGACGAAAGUUACAGUUU